GGUGUCCCACAUGACUCACAGCAACACAAAAUGUUGCUCCAUCAUCAUACUAUCACUUCCCAUUUGUGUUGGUCAUGUUCAUUUCCAUUUGCUCAUUUGACUGUAAACUCUGAGAACCUUUGCAGUUUGAGCUAUAGGCCUACAACAUCUACAGCGGGUAUUGAUGAGUUGUAUCGACAUUCUGAGAUUGGAAAGUUGAAAACAGCCAGUUGUGGCAGCCCAACAGUUACUGAGUGUGCUAAGAGGCUGAAAGUCUUGUAGUAAGACUUUAAAAACAUUGUUGCCAACGGGUCUUGAUUAUGUCAAUGUCUUGGAUUACUUAAUGUAAAUAACUUGGAGACAUUAAAGAAAAAUUAAAUUCUUGAUUAGAAAAGAUCAACGAAACAAUUCACGAGUAACGCUUACAGAAAAAUGGCUUUUGGAGAUCAGAAAAACGUAAACAAAACCUUCUACAUAAAUCUACUUUGUAUAUUACAGCUACUGAUAUAUGCCGGUGAAGGGUACCCCAAUGGUGCUCCGACGUCAGUAUGUGACAAUCUGCUACCGAUCCAUGAUAGUAUUCUACCUCAAACUUCUGAUGUACCGUACACAAUUCAGCUAGAACCUGAUCAGUUUAAACCUGGAGAUAAAAUUAAAGUUUCUAUUGUUGAUCCUAGAGGGAAAUCACUUAAAGGACUGGUCAUAGGAGCUUACAUGAAAUCUGGUAGAUUGCUCAGUGUUGUUGGUCAGUUUCUUCAGUUUCCUACAGACAAACUAAAGCCGCUAAAGUGUACAGCUGGACAAAUGAAUAAUACAUUGACUCAUUCGAAUGACAUUAGCGUACAUAAUGUGUCACUGUUAUGGGAAGCACCCCACGUGAACACUGGUGACGUUAUUUUCAGGGUUACAUUGCUUGAAAACUUCCAAACUUUCUGGACUGAUGUUCGCCUGACUCUGAGAGCAAUCGAGGAUGUAAAUGAGACGAAACCCACCGGACAAGAGGUAACUGACACUGUUUUAUCAAUGCCCCCCAUUGACUUUGAGAGCUGCGGAGAUUCCAAAGGCUGUUUCCUGUAUCCUCGCUACUGCUCCGGGUCAGGCUGUUUGGCUGCUUUCACUUACUCUUACCGCAGUAACACUAGCGAGUUUCUUUUCGAACUGAUGUCUCAAGCAGAACAGAAUUAUAUUUCCCUAGGAUUUUCAAAAGAUUUGAUAAUGGGAGGGAAUGAUGAAACUUUUACAUGUGUCUCUGUGUAUAACACAAGCGCUGUACAACAUGGCUAUAACCCUGGACACUAUAACAUCUUCAAGAAUUCUAUCACAGAGUACGGGAUUUUGUCUCAAGACGGAACAUUGCAGUGUCGAUUCUCUAUUCCUGUCAACACAUCGAUACAAGACAUUGAAGCAUCAACAGUGUACUCCCACUUUAACGAGACAUUUGUACAGCUAGCAUGGGGCUCAGCCAUGCCUAAUCGAUUGGUCAUUUUCAAACACGAGGACAUGCCCCCACAGUCGGAUGUGCCAAUAAACUUACGAGAACGUUCAAUUCACAGAGGAUCAGCGUUUCCAUUUCUGGUUCGUUCCCAUUGUGUUUUAAUGACAGUUUCUUGGGUUUUAAUGUGUGGAAUGGCUAUUGCUAUAUCAAGAUAUUUUAAAGACUUUCUGCCAGAUGUCAAAGUUGCCAACACAAAGGUUUGGUUUCAGCUGCACAGAGGGCUAGCCUUGACAAUUGUCAUAUUGACCACAGCUGGUCUUAUCUGUGUGUUUGCUCACUAUGGAUCCCGGAUCAGGCAGGCUGCAGUGCCACACUCGUAUGUUGGUCUGGCUGUAGUCACAGCUGCUUAUGUUCAGAUGUUGAGUGGUCUGUUUAGGCCGUCGCUUGACCAUCCAGCACGUUGGGUCUUCAACUGGUGUCAUCGUUUGCUGGGUCUGUCUAUACACGUUUUAACAGCUGCAACGAUCUAUCUCGCUUUCAAGAUCCAUUAUUUCCCCAGAGAUUUAAAAAACCUUGGGAUAAUCUCUGUGUCAUGUUGGGUUGCAAUUCAACUUGUCUGGGUUUUAGUUUUCGAAAUAGUCUCUUACUACAAACGCAAGCAACAAGCUUUAGACUCUGAGACUCAAGCGAUGCUGACAAAUGUUGACACCCAGACUACAUCCACCAAACUUGACUGGUUAUUGCUGACACUUUACGUGAUCUCUAUGUUGGUUUGCUGUUUAUUUAUUGCUCUAACGUUUCUGUCCUAUUAAUGUUUAAAUUGCACUUUUUAUAUUAGAACUUGAGAAAUGUUUGAACAGACUUGAUUGAAGAUGACUUCGAAAUCACUUUAAUAAAUGCAAACUAAACCGUGUGAAUAUUAAUACGAUUAGCCGACAAAAAGUAGUUUGAAUGAAAAAAAUUGAGCUGACCUCAAUUUAGACUUUGGUCUUUCUUUAUUAGUGUUCUAAACAAAUUCCUAGAAGCCACAUUAAUUUACGAACUUUUCUUACAAUAUUAUGUCAAUCUAAGGUCUUAACUUAUUACAAUGCAAAGAUAUUUAUUUUCUUGCCGACUUGUUGAGUCCAGCUCUCCUCUUCCAAUACUCAGUAUGUGUGUGUGUGUGUGUGUGUUGCUGUUUUUAAAGGAGAAAAAUUAAUAUGAGGAGUUGGGGGGUGGGGGUCAGAAUGUACACAGAACAUAAGGGUCAACAUUAUGUCGAACUAUUUGUUAUGUACACUUAUAGCAUGUCAUGUAAUGUUCCAUAUAUUUUAGUGGUAAUAUAAUUUACUUGUUUCCAGGAUAUAGGAAUAGUGAUUUGUCUUUUCCGGUUCAAUUUGUUUUAAAAUUGCGUUUUUGUAUUAAGACAAGACUCAAGAUGAAUUUGUUUGAAUGUGUUAACAAUAUGAUGAUAUUAUUUGCCAUUUUAAUGUAUUUAUUUCGCAGAUAUUUGUAUGUUCCAAGUUGUACUAAACUUUAUAAUGAAUUUAUUUUUCAAUUCAGUAUCACAAAAAUAAAACUGAAAUUUCAUA